GAAGUUCCUCUUUGUGAUGCUUCUGCUUUUCUCUGCCUUUUUGGAGUCUGAGUCAGAGAACUUUAAAGUAGUUGGUCCAGCUGCUCCUCUUGUUGCUGAAGCUGGUGAAGACCUCGUUCUGCCUUGUUCUGUCAAACCGAGCAUCAGUGUUGUGGAUAUGAGAGUAGAGUGGUUUAGACUGCAUCAGACAGACAGUGUAGUGCAUGUCUAUGAUGGUUAUGAAGACAGUAAUGAAUACCAGAUGGAGUCUUACAGAGGAAGAACGGCUUUAUUUAAAGAAGAGCUACAAAAAGGAAACACCUCACUAAAACUCUCAGCUUUGCAAAUUUCUGAUGAAGGAGCUUACAAGUGUUACAUUGAAUCCAUGUCCUGGAGUGAUGAUGUGACUGUUUAUGUUGAAGUUAAAGGAAAAGGUUUUCAUGCUUGGAAGAUUGCCAUCAUCUGCAUUUCAGUUUUUGCCAUUACAUUAAUUGCCUUUACAGGUUACAUCUUGAAAGAUAAAUCGUCAAAAAAGAAACUUUCUCCUGCACAGUGCUCAGUCAUAACCUACACACGUCUCCAGUCAGAGCAUGUGAGGAAAGAGUUGGACCUGAAGAGAUACAACACAUCAGAGGAGGGAUACAGGAGACUCAUCCCAGCUAUCUCACACUACAGAAAGGCAAAAUUUGCCGGAUGUAAUCUCACAGCACAGUCCCUUGAAACUUUGAAUACAGCUCUACAAACAGAAAACUCCUCCCUGAGAGAGCUGGACAUCAGUAACAAUGAUCUGCAUGAUUCAGGAGUGGAGCUGCUGUCUGCUGGACUGAAGAGCUCACACUGUAAACUGGAGAUACUCCGACUUGCUAUGUGUAAACUCAGUCAACAGUCCUGUAACAUCCUGCAGUCAGUUUUACAAACUGAAACCUCCUCACUGAGAGAACUGGACCUCAGUAAUAAUGACCUGCAGGAUGCAGGAGUGGAGCUGCUGUCUGCUGGACUGAAGAGCUCACACUGUAAAGUGGAGAAACUCAGACUAGCUUUGUGUAAUCUUGGGAAAUAUACAUGUAACACUCUGGGAUUAACACUGCAAGCAGAAACCUGGUCCCUAAAAGAGCUGGACCUCAGUAAGAAUAAUCUACAGGAUUCAGGAAUGGAGGACCUUUCCCAGGGACUGAAGAGUCCACUCUGUAAACUGGAGAUAUUCAGAUUAGACAUGUGUGGUUUCACUCUGGAGUCUUGCAAAUCUCUCAUAUCAGCCCUACAAACAAAAAUCACCACCCUGACAGAGCUCAACCUUAGUAGCAAUGAGCUGCAGGAUUCAGCAAUGGAGCUGCUCUCUGCUGGGCUCAAGACUGGAAAAUGUAAACUGGAGAUACUCAGACUAGCUCUGUGUAAUCUUGGAGGAAAGGAAACGUUUGAAAAUAUUGGAUCACUUUUAAAACAGGAUAACUCCUCCCUCAAAGAGCUGGAUCUCAGUAAUAAUGACCUGCAAGAUUCAGGAAUGAACCUGUUAUCUGAUGGAUUGAACAGUUCCCACUGUAAACUGGAAAUACUCAGAUCAUUGCUGGAAGACAAGAUGGUGCCGUGA